AUGUCGAACACGAGCCUGGAUUGGUACGACUUUACGGAGGAUGAGCGCGAGCUGCUCGUCCGCUCCUGGGCGCUUAUUCAGCCGCAUAAACAGGACGUCGGGUGCGAUAUCUAUCAAAUGAUCUUUAAUCAGUGUCCGGAAACGCGGUACCUCUUCCCCAAACUCGACACGACAAUGAGCAAGAAGGACUUGAGAAAGAACAACGAAUUCGUGUUCCAGGCCCUACGAUUUAUGCAGGUAAAACUACAGACUAACUCGUUCGUCCUU